AUGAGUCAAGACAGAAAUAAUAGCACCUCAUCAACAGAAACAUCUUAUUCACAGGGCAAACACAUUAAGUUUGAAGACGGCAAUGGGAUAAACUAUUCUGAAAAAACAGUACCAACGACCCCUUCGGAAAGCAUACAUACUGUAAUUGGUAAUCAACCUGUGGAAGCAAAAGAACUAGCUGAUAAAUUAGGGGACGCUCAUUUCAACCAAUUGCCAACAUCACAAAUUAUCACCAUUCUACUAACAUUGUCUUUGGCUAACUUUGUGAGUUUUGCUGAUCAAACUGGUAUUACCGUUGGUCUUUCAGAAAUUGGUAAAGAUUUGAAUGCCCAACAGCUGAUCAACUGGGCAGGUUCUGCUUCUUUAUUGGCAAACACAGUUUGUCAAGUUUUAUUUGGUAGGUUGUCGGAUAUUUUUGGUAGGAAGAAUGUUAUCAUGACAUGUCUCAUGAUUUUGUGCAUUGGGGACAUUGCUUGUUCAGUUGCUCGUAAUGGUGUUGAAUUUUUUGUCUUCAGGGCUUUAGCUGGGAUUGGAAAUGGAGGAGUAUCAAGUUUGUGCAUGGUGAUCUUAAGUGACAUUGUUUCAUUAAAGGACAGAGGAAAGUAUCAAGGUAUUUUGGGAUCCAGUGUGGGGAUAGGUAAUGCUGUUGGUCCAUUCAUCAUGGCUGGGUUCAUUAAGCAGUCAAGUUGGAGAAGCUACUACUAUUUUCUUGCCCCACUUGCCUUCAGUGUUAAUAUAGUGUUGUUCUUUUCAUUAAAGAAUAACAAGAAAUUCAACGAUGUUAUUUCAAGGAAGGAAAAGUUUAAAAGUAUUGACUAUUUUGGUAUCCUCAGUGCAACUAUUGGAUUGACUUUGAUUUUGGUGCCUUUAAAUGGUGGUGGUGUCACUUAUGCUUGGAAUAGUACCCUUGUUAUUGUCAUGUUCACUAUCGGUGGUGUGUUUAUGAUUUUGUUUUUAGGGAUUGAAUGUAAAGUAGCUAAGCUUCCCAUGAUCCCAUUGAGAUUAUUCAAGAACUUGUCAUUGUGUUUGAUUUACUUGGCAACUUUCUGCUUUGGUGCCACAUACUACAGUUUCACCUACUACCUACCAUAUUACUUCCAAAUUGUCAAAGGCAAGGACGAAAUUCAAACUUCGGUGUUUGUAUUGCCCUUGGUGUUGUGUCAAGCUGCAUUUUCGGUAGUUGCUGGUCAACUAAUAACAUUCACUGGUCACUACUUUUAUGUUGUCGUAGUCGGUUACAUUCUUUGGUGUUUGGCUUGUUGUCUUUUGGUUCUUUGGAAUGCUAGUUUACCAGAUGGAAUCAAUGUGUUGAUUUUGUUGAUCAUGGGAACUGGUGUGGGAUUUUCAUUCCAACCUUCAAUGGUGGCAGCACAAGCUAAUUGUAAAAAAGCAGAAAGGGCAGUUGCUAUCUCCACUAGAAACGUGUUGAGAUCUUUAGGUGGGUGUGUUGGUAUUGCUGUUGGUUCCACCAUUGUGAGCAAUUCUGUCCUUGGCUCUUUAAACAACCUUGAUUCAUCAACAACCUUGACCCAACUGACAAUUGAUUAUGUCAAAGGACAUAUAUAUAACAAGGUGAAUGUGGAUACUUUGUCAGCUGCUGAAACCAAAGAAAUUAGGGACAUUUAUACCAAAGCCUUGAGAAACUAUUUCUACUUGUUGAUUCCACUCAUGGCUAUAUGUGUUAUUACCACGUUUUUCGUCAAGGACCAUGGAUUGUGCGCUCUUGAUGAAAGGCCAGCUCCUAAAAGGAAGGAAGACUUGGAAUCUUCUGCUAGUUCGAUGACAUUAAGGAAUUAG